UGGCCAUUACAAUUUCGUGAUGGACUUAAGUUAUGCAAGAAGAUAACAUUAUCGACCAUGCUCCGUCCACUCUGUCGUUUACAUAUGAAAUCCCGUCUUCCAUAGCUUGCGACACUUCCAGACAAUAGUAGCACCCGAAAAUUAAAAAACCCAUUUGAAUUCAGGGCUACGAAUUUCCAAUCAAAGGAGCUCACUUUUUUCAAAAUACUUACAAUGGCAUUGCUUUCACCUGUAACAUUUGAUAUCAGUUUCCUGCGUUUUAACGGAGGUUCCCCCGUCCAAUGUGUUAAAUUUCCUUCCAUGCAAGCAAAAUUCAGAACCCGGGCUCAACAGGAAGAUCAAUUUCCACCGCAAAAUAAUGAUCAAAUGUCUCCCGCUGUAAAGCGCGCCUUUGAGAAAGCACAAUUGUAUAAAAAGAAGAGGGAGGGGGCUCAGCAGUCUGCUCAAAAUGACGCACCUCAAUUGCCUUCCUCUCAAGGUGACACAGUGUCUGACACAUUUGAUCAGUCAAAGGCAUAUGGAUGGAAGCAAGGUGAAAAGAGUCGCACAAAGGAAGACAAUGCAGCAGACAAGGAGAGUGAAACGGAUAAUGCUAAGGAAGAUAAUAUAGUGGAGGUGGAAAUAAUCACCAGAGAUGGUGUUAUCAAAAGGAAAUAUACACCAACUAGCCAGGCUUCUUCCAAUAUGAAAGAUUACAGAAGGAAGGGAAUUUCCAGCAUAGAUUUUGUUGGAUUGGAUUUUGCUGACAAGAAGUCAAAACGAGAGCUGCCUGCUGGUCUGAAAGCUGUUCCUCAAUCUCCUCCUUCUGGGUCAAUGCCUGAAGCUGAACUUAUUGUAGGAGAUGUUUCAAAAUUUGGAGUUACAACACCAGAAAAAGAUAAUGAAAUAUCUGAUUUAUACAAGCCCAAGGUUUCCACUUGGGGAGUCUUUCCAAGGCCCAAAAACAUAUCGAAAGCGUAUGGUGGUGGAAAGGUGAUUCGUCCUGGGGGUGUACUUGAAAGUAAAGAAGAGAAGGAAGCUCGUGAAGCUCGAACAAAGAAACUUACUGAUGCUUAUAAGGAGAAGAUGGGUGAAAAUGUAGAUCCAAAGGUCAAGGCAAAGUGUGAAAAGGUAAAGGGAGAAAAUGCCAUAAUUUGACAAGAAGAUUGUCUA